GCAACAAGACAUCCACCAACGAACAACAACUCUUGCACCAUUCAACUCAUCAACACCAUCAACAUACAUCGACCACAAUACCAACGGUCAACCAGCCCAUACAACCUUAUUUGGUGACUCAGGCACCGACUGUCGCCAUUGACUCCGAACUCGCACCAUCAAUAUCCUUUGAGUCACUGCCUAGCAGGCCAUCACAUAUACAACCAUGACUUCCCUCCUCCGCUUCCAAUCGUCCAUUGACGAACCAACACCCACCGGCAUCUACCAGAUCUCCCCACCAUCUUCGCCCAUCAUCAAACGAAAGAUGUCUCUCACUCAAACCUACUUUGUCGCCUCCACUGCACGAACCAAGCUCGGCCGUGAAGCAGGACGAGCAGACCACAACCUCCGACGACUCGUAGGACACGCCAACCUCCUCGACACUCUCAUGCUCGAACUCGCCGACGCCGAACGCGAGCAAGAAGCCUGGUUCAACCAAUCCGUCAAGAAAGCCUCCAAGCCCGAGCAACCUCAGCACAUUCAAUGGAUCGACACCAUUGACGAGGACAUGGAGGACGACGACUCUGACCUCGAAUCUGACGACGGCUCCGACAUCUACGACGAGGACAUCGACUACCUCUCCACCAUCCCUCUCCGAAGACUCAAAUCGCCUCCCGUCGAGAUCUCAUCCCACGAGAUCGAGUACGAUGAUGAAGACUCUGAGGACGAAGUCUACGAGGAUGAGGACGAAUACGAAGAGGAACUCAGCCUCACACGCGUGGCAUCAAUCCACUCUCCACCAGAACUCACCCUCGACUCGGACGACUCGGAAUCUUCAGACGACGAAUCAAUGCCUUCAUCACCCGAGCAGAUCAACUACGAACUCAGCGAAAAGCAACGACAAGCCAUCACAACGACCAACUUCUUCAACGACAUGAAGUCAAGUUCACCAAUGGAAGACAUCAUCAUGCAGCAGCAACAUCAACAACAACCGAUGAUCGCGGCGGCUUGCUGAGCAUGAUGAAUCAAUCUACAUGUCUUCU